CGAACUCCCCUACAAAGGGAGCCAUUGUGCUGAGUCCUGCUCUGUCGCUUCCUCGUCGUGCCCAUCUGGCUCUGGUGAGCCAGCCAUUGAGGCUGGCAGACGCUGGUACCCACCCCAAGGACACAAACCCUUCCCAGAUCUCGGCUGGACCCCAGAGAUCGGACGCUUGGAGACAACCUGUGGAUUCUGGGUGCCGGGAUUUUGCCACUUUCAUGCCGGAGUCGCCGAGGGGUUAGAAAGCCAGGAGGACACUGAAAGUUGACACAAUCUCGCCGCCCCCUGAGAAGAUGAAGGCUGCUGGGGUUCUGCUCACCUUGGGGAUCCUAUUUGGAGGCACCCUGGGUGGGCCGUGGAGUGCGUGGAUGCCGCAGACCAUUAUGGCCUUCGAGGGCACGUGCGUGGCCAUCCCGUGCCAUUUCGACUACCCAGAUGAGCUGCGCCCCUCGGUCGUGCACGGCAUCUGGUACUUCAACAGCCCCUACCCCCGGAACUACCCGCCCGUGGUGUACAAGUCGCGCACCAGCAUCGUUCACGAGAGCUUCCAGGGCCGCACCCACCUGCUGGGCGACCUCCAGGCCCGCAACUGCACCCUACAACUCAGCCGUCUCAGCCCCGAGCUGGCAGGAAAGUACUUCUUCCGCGGGGACCUGGGUGGCUACAACCAGUACACGUACUCGGAGCACAGCAACCUGGAGAUCAUCGACAAACCCACCAUCGUGCCCCCGGCUGCAGUGGUGGUGGGGACAGAGGCGGAGGUGCGGUGCGUGGUGCCGGAUAACUGCCCCACCAUGAAGCCGGUGGUGAGCUGGUUGAACCACGAGGUGCUGGAGGGACAGGCUGUCUUCGGCCAGCUGGAGGAGGAGAGCGGCACCUGGAGCCAGGUGUCCCUGCUCAAGUUCCAGCCCUCGCGGGAGAACAACGGGCACGAGCUGGGCUGCCAGGUCACCUACACCAACACCACCUUCCUUUUCGAGGCCUUCGCCACCUUGGACGUCAAGUACGUGCCCCGGAUCCUGCAGGUGAACUCAUCCCUGGAGAUCACGGAGGGCUCGCACGUGGUGCUGCUGUGCGUGGCGGACAGCAACCCCAUGGCCUUGCUGGCGUGGUUCAAGGAGGAGGCCGUGCUGCGGGAGGAGCCGUCCACCAACCUGACGCUGGAGCUGGACAACGUCACCCAUGCGCACGACGGGAUCUACGUCUGCGUGGCCGAGAACGUGUACGGGCGGGUGAACCGCUCCCUGGCCCUCACCGUCAUGUAUGCCCCACGGAAGCCAUCGGUGAACUCCUCGGUGGUGGCGGUGGAGGGGGAGCCGGUGACUAUCCUGUGCACCACCGAGAGCAACCCCGAGCCCAUCAUCACCAUCUUCAAGGAGAAGCAGAUCGUCGCCACGGUGGUCUACGAGAGCGAGCUGCUGCUGGAGAUCCCCGCUGUGACCCACGAGGACGACGGGGAGUACUGGUGUGUGGCGGAGAACCAGUACGGCCAGCGCGGCUCCGCCUUCAACCUCACCGUGGAGUUCGCUCCCAUAAUCCUCAUGGAGUCGAAGUGCACGGCGGCUCGGGACACAGUGCAGUGCGUCUGUGCCGUGCUGGCCAAUCCGGAGCCCGUGAUCUCCUUCGAGCUGCCCACCCGGAACGUGACGGUCAACGAGACUGACCAGGAGUUCGUUUAUUCCCAGAAGACGGGCUACACGGUCACCAGCAUCCUGACGCUGCGCGGGGAGCCAGACUCGCAGCUCUUCAUUGUCUGCUCCGCCCGCAACCUCUAUGGCACCAAGAACCAGCAGCUCCAGUUCCACCACUCCAACAAUCUGAUGUGGGCGAAGGUGGGGCCGGUGGGCGCCGUGGUGGCCUUUGCGAUUCUCAUCGCCGCCGUGUGUUAUGUGAGUCAGACGCGGAAAAAGAAAAACGUGAAUGAAAACUCCAGUUUUGUGCAGCUGGAGCACCCGCCCGUGGCGUACAGCGGCGAGUACCGGCCCCCGGGGGCCCUGGACAAAUCCGAGUACGAGCGGCGCCUGGCCUCCGACAAACGCCUCCUGAACAAGCCCGAGGGCUCCCUGGACCUGAACGUGGACUACGCCAACAUCGACUUCACCAAACUGCCCACCAAGGACAGCUACACCCUGACGGAGGAGCUGGCGGAGUAUGCAGAGAUCCGCGUCAAGUGAGCGCCCCCUACCCCCCACAGUGACCCACGCUCUGCCACGGAAACCACGCCCGCUGGAAUCAGGACCUGUCUGUGCCCCCAAAUCACCAGGCACACCCCCGCCACGGAAACCCUGCCUACUGGGAUCAAUCCCAUGCAGAGUGCAGGUCCUGCCCCGCCCACUAAUGGCAGGACACGCCCCCUGCCAUGGAAGCCCCACCCACUGCAAUCAGGAGCUUCGACUGAAUGCAGCUGGGAGAGGGGCUGUCUCUUGCUGUGUGUCUGGGCAACUUCUGGGGCAACAGGGCCCUGAUCUCAGCUAGGGCAGGGACUGUCUCUUGCUGCGUGUCUGGGCAGCGCCUCAUAUCCUGAUGCCCCUUCUUUGACAGCCCUAUGGCUGGUUAUGUGGGUCUGGCCCUGCACAGGGACCCAGGUGACCUGCGGUUUAAAUCCCACCUAUGCUACAGAUUUUGUGCUACCUUGAGGUAUGUCCUAACCUCGCUGUGUGCCUCAGUUUCCCCACAAUCUCUUAAUUUCUCCUGUGUACAAUGUGGCUCAUAAUUCCCUCCCACCCCAGGCUUUUGUGUGGCUAAAUUUGGCACCGAUUGGGAGGCUCAACCAAAGGCCUGUUGAAUCGUUAAUUACCCCAUUGAGCUAUCUCUAUAGGACCCGUGCAAGUACCUGCCUAGAUAGCCCUGGCGGACCCUGUAUAAAACAGGCCUGGGGGAUCCUCCCUAAACCAAUUCAGGCCUUGUUCUAAUUCCCCCAAUCUGUCUUUCCACGUGCCGAAGGAACAACAUCGUUUUUCUGCUGCGUAAAGACUUGUCUAUGGUAUAGAGCUGCUUAGACCAGCACAGCCAUCCCCAGCCAGGAAGGGGAAUACACUGGACUGGGCUAAAGCCCUGUCCUACUGGGAUAACGGCCCCCACAGCUGUGCUGGUAUAGACAGAUCAGCCCUGUCCUACUGGUAUAACUAGACCAGUAGAAAAUCACACGUCUAAUUGACAUCGUUCUUCCGAGGGGAAAUCUCUGGGUGGCUCAGAUGUAUAUCAGGAGCCCCCAAACCCCCACAGCUGUAAUCUUUGUUUCCCACUGGGAUAAACAGGUGCUCACGUUCUGGGUCCGACCCCCUGGAAUUCUAUGAUCCGUCAGCACCAGCUGUCCUGGGGGAAAUUUAUAACAAAUCGUCAUUUAUUUUUGGUGUCAUUUUUGUACAGAUAUUUGCCUGAUGAUAGAAAACGAAAUAAAUAAAAAGCCCAGACUAACAAGGUCAAAACUCUCUAACCAGCACUUAAUUCUGCCCAGAGACCUCCCCCUAACCUUGUUAACCCUUCAGGCCCCCGGAUCUAGGCUCUAUUUAUUGAUUAGCUGGGUGUGACGUGAUGAGAUGUAAAAUAAAACACGGCACUUGAGGCUCUGGUAUAAUAAUAAUAAGGCCACUUCACAGAGCUCUGGCAGGUAAAGGAACCAUGUGAAUGACGUCGACAUGAGGGCUGGGUGGAAAGGACCCAGGGACCUCGCGAGGCAGCCAGCCGCUCGCACUGCCGCAGAACCAAGUAACCCCAGACCAUCCCCGUCAGGGCAUUUCUCGAACUUGGUCUUAAAACCCUCCGCUGAUGGGGAUCCCACAUCCUGCCUGGAAACAGUCCAGAGCUGAAGGCCCCGGAGCGUUCGGAAGUUUCUCCUAAUACCUGACCUCAAUCUCCCCUGCCCAGAACAUGUUUAAAGAUUGUUCUCAGGUCCGCCCUCAGCCUCCUCUUCACUAGACUAAACAGGCCCGAUUAUUUUAAUCUUUCGUCAAUGGUCAAGUUUUCUAAACCGCUGAUGCAUUCUGCUGCUCUCCCCAGGAGUGGUGGAAGCUGUCUAAUAGUGGGCGGGCCACCAGCACCUGAACCAUGGCCCCGCCCCCUCCUCCUGAGGCCCCGCCCCUUCUCUCCUUCUCCCUGCCCCCACCCCACCCCUUGCCCUAGGCCCUGUUCUCUCCCCACCUCUUCCCCUCAAGACCCGCCUCUCGCUCGCUCCUCUCUCCCCUCCCCCUGACCAGGCGCUGACCCUUAUGUCUGGUAUAAAGUGCUGGGGUCAGGCCCUGCGGCCCCCCGGUUCCGGCACUCCUGGCUCUGCCCUGGACUCUCCAUUCAGGCCACCCCUUUCUGAACGGGCAGCGUCCCAACCCAGACACGGUUCUCCAACUUCGGCCUCCCCAGAGCAGGCCAAGUCCCGCCCGUGUCGUACGUCCGCCACUCCUGUUUCCACAGCCCAGAACGACGUCACCUCGCAAUUAAAAAAGCUGAAACCCAAACAAGACAUUUUUUCACCGCAUAGUUUCAUUUUGCAGGAAACGUUGCCAUUUUGUUCCGAUUCGGAGCCUUCUUUGGUUUGAAAACACAGAAUCCCCCUCCACCCCCCCCAAAAAACCCCAAAUUGAAAUUCAACCAGCUUUCAUUUCCAUCGCCCGCUAUUUGGCUUUGUGUUCCCAGAGCUUUGUAAAAGAGCCGCAGCCUAACCCAGAACGCCGCCUCCAUCAAUUGGCACUAAGCCGUGUGGACAAUUCCCGUUCUUGGCUUCUAUGUAAAUAGGGAAGAAUGUAAAAAAUAAUUGAAGCCAGGAUUAGCGCAGUAACUUUUGAGUAGCAUGUGUGCGCGUGUGUACGUGUGUUACAGGACACAAUUGUGCCCCUGGCUUAGCCAGCCCUGCUCCCAGGUAGAACUAGGCUAGCGACCAUAUCAGGAGAGCUGGAUUAAUUCCGAGACUACGUCGGUUUCGUUGUGUGUCGUUGUUCCGUGAGGUGCCAACCGUUUAAUGACUUUAACCCAGCAGACUUUGUAUUCCCAAGGAAAUAAAAUGUAUUUUACAAAUCCA